CUGAUCAGUUGAGUCGUGAGUUGGUCGUAACUGCUACGGGAGGUUGGGCGGGGGAGAUUGUUGUCUAUUGAUUAGUAUACUCUGAACAAAAAAAAAAAAUGUGUUGAAUGUUCUUCGAUCCGUUCGGCUCUCUUUUAUCGUUUCUUAACAUUAACAUUAACAGCUACUAAUAUGAAAUGGUCUGACUGAUAUAAAUUCUUAUUGGACUGUGUUGAUUUCUAUGCUUCUCAAGUGCAUUUAGAUGGCAGGUUCUGAAGAAAAAACUAGAUUGGCUCUCCCUCUUAGACUUAAUAAUUCUACAACACUGAAUUCAGGAUGUGGAAUGUCACCUGUAACAGAUUUAAUGUUUAAUUUGAGUGGACUGUCUACUGAUAGUAGUUUGGUAGAAACACCCAAGAGACGAAUAUCCUGGUCUAGCUUAACACCCAGUUGUUUAUCUUCUGUAGAUUCUGAUCAAAGCUUCAACGAAUCUCCGCAACCUGAUAUUCCCGUUUCGCAGAAUAGAUUUCUGAAGAAUGUAACAUCUCAAAAUGAAAGUAAUCAGAUUAUUAGAAGAGUUCGAACCUUUCCAUUUCAUCAAAAUCCAUUGAGAGAUAAAGAAAACAUUCCAAGUUGUAUGUUGACUGAAAAUGUUUCCAGAAAAAAAUGUUUAAAUACUUCUACAAUUGAUUCUAAUAACAGUUUGGAAUUGAAUGACAGUGGUUACUCUACUUGCCCAACUAAUUCAGAAGAAUCUAAAUCUAAUAAUUCAUUGUUACAAAGGAUAACAUAUGAAAGUGAUACUAAAUUUGGCAAUGAAAUAAGAGAAUCUGUAAGUAUAUCUUCUCCUAGUGUUCUAUCUUCACCUGGUAGUUCUCAGUCUACAACAGUUAGAAGUACUUUGUUUGCAAAUGAUGAUGGAGACGAUUUCUUAGAUGUUUUUGGCAUAGAUAAACAAAUUGACAGUUUAAGUGGCUUUUCAGUAAACAUUACAAAUUUGCUCACAAAGCCUGUCAUUCAUUCUUUAUCAGAAGAAACAUUGCUUUCAGAUGAUGAUUCAAAUAAGCAGAAAAAUACGGAAGAAAAGAAAUUGCAUCCCAGAAUUCGAAGAUGUCUUUCGCUGAUGUCUGAAUGUGAUCUGAAAAUUACCAAAACUGGAUUGGAUUCACUUUAUCAGUGGAAAAAACACAGCUCCUCCUGUGAUAUUAAUGAUCCUCAAAAUUCUCAAAUAAAUAAUAAUCCUACAGAUACCAAUAACAAUACUAGAAAUUUUAUAAUAACUGAAACAAAACCAGCAUUUAAGCGACCUGAUCCACCAAAAGAUCUUUUCUGUCCUAUUCAAAGUAAACGUAGGAAAAGUGUGCCAUUAGUUCCUCUACUAAAUGAUACAAAAUUAUCUGUAAAGAAAUCGCCACUUCAAAGAUGCCAUUCUGAAACAGAAGCAACUAUUAUGAAAGCAUUACAAAAAUCUGUACAGGAACCUGACUUAAUAGGGGAUUUUUCUAAACCUUUUGCUCUGCCUUUAGUAAAAGGUAAACACCAAGAUGUGAAAACAAUAACUGCUUCUACAGUUAUAGAUUUAUUAAAAGGUAAAUACAAGGAUGUUGUUGACAGUUUCACUGUAGUUGAUUGUAGAUAUCCAUACGAAUUUGAAGGCGGACACAUUGUAGAUGCAAAAAACAUCUACACUAAAGAGGGAAUUAUAGACUAUUUUUUAUCAAAUAAAAACAAAUUUAAUCAAGAUAAGAAACGUAAUGUAAUUAUAUUCCAUUGUGAAUUUUCAUCUGAAAGAGGUCCUAAUUUAUAUCGCUUUCUAAGGAACAUGGAUCGAGAAACUAAUAAAGACAGGUAUCCACAAUUACAUCAUCCUGAACUUUAUAUUCUUCAUGGAGGUUAUAAAGCUUUUUAUGAGAGUUUUAAGGAAUACUGUGAGCCACAGGAAUAUAAACCAAUGCUUCAUAAAGAACAUGAACAAGAAUUAAGACAAUUUAAAGCCAAAUCAAAAUCUUGGAAUGGUGACUGUAAAGCAAGGUUGGGCAUCAGGCCGGGACUUAAAUUCUAAAUAGCCAUAUUUGUAAAAAUGUUCAGUAUUAUACAUCUCAUCUCUUAAACUUAAAACGUAUUGCCAUUUCACUGCCAAACAAUUGUAAUAAUGUAUUACAAUUACUAAAGUAAUUAUAAAAUUUAUUAAAAAUAUAUAUUUUAAAACUUUACAUGAUAUAAUCUUCAAUAUAAUAAUUA